GUCAGCUUUCUAUUCCCAAUAACUGAAACCUUAACAGAGCGGAAAAUAAAUUUUUAUUAGAAAUUUUCGCUUAAAAAAUAUUUUUAUAUAAUUUUACAACAAAAUAUCUUUUCCAUAUAGAAAUUUCGCGAAUGGCCGGCAGUAAUGCCACCAAAAGUGUGUUAGGCGAAUUAGCAAAGCGUGUGCCAAGCAAUCAGACAAAACAGUUUCGUAAAUUUCUCGAUUUGAACAGCGAGUAUAAAAGGCGCGUCGAUAAAUACCCCAAGGAGUUGCCGAGAAUCGAUUGGGAUUAUUAUCGCACGAAUGUGAGAGUAGAGGCGAUAAAAAUGGUGGAUGAAUUUGAGAAAAAAUACGAAGAAUUGAAUAAGAUUUUUGAUGAUCGUUUCAAGGUGGAUACCAGGAAGUACUACGAUGAGUUAGAGAAGCAACGAGCAGAAGUGCAGGCACAAGUGAGGCAGUACAUCGCCGAAUCGAAUGAGCGUAUCAAAGCGUUUGAGAGCGAAAUAGCGCGUUUGUGUCAUAUGAAACCUUAUUCCGCAAUGACAAUGGAAGAAUUCAUAAAUCUGCGGCCGGAGUGCUCGGCAUAUAUACCAUACAGACGUAAGCCGCUCUUCUGGCCGCAUGACCCCGAUGAGCAGAUACCUGGGUCGGCUGAUAGGAGAACAUUCAAAAAAAGUAGUAAGGAUGGUGGAGGUGAUGGUGAUGGCGAAGGAGUCAGUGGCGGCACGCAUCCCAUAAAACCCGGCGAUAUUAUGGGAAAAACAGAAAAGUUUGAGUUUGAUGCAGCUGAUAGCACAACUAUGCAAGAGGAAACGGAUUCAGUGACGAAAGCAUCAGACGAAACAGAGCUUAAUAUUGAGAAUCCGCAAGAAACCCAAGAACUGCCAGUUCAGCUACGAAAGAAACCACAUCCAUGUGCUUUGGUAAAGCAUAAGCCGGAUAGCGCAGACGCAGAGGGAGGAACUUGCAAGCCUAAGGGGUCGUAUAAAGAUAGGGAUAGGAACACAAGUAAAUUUUUCGAUCCCUGUGGUGUUGGAUUUGGUGUUAAAAAACGAGAUAAGUCAUAUAUAGAAACAGUAGCACCAAAAUCUGACACCAUGCCACAAACAAAGAUUUCAGAAGUAUCCUCCUUCGAGGAACAACCAAAGGAGGAUAAGGUUAUUUCCAAGAAGGUCGUGAAAUCUAAUGAAAAGAAGGCAAUUGGUGAACCACAAAUUUACACAGAUAAACCGACGUCGAAAGAAAUGAAAGCUAGGUUAGAUCCUUGCCAGAUUAUGGAGAAAGAGGGAAAAGAGAAGGCAGAAACAAAAGAAACGCAAAUAGAAAAGAAAAGAGAAGACUUAAAGACAAACACUGUGGAAGAAAAGCCUGUGCCGCCAAAGAGGCCACACCCAUGUGAUCUGAUAGAACAGCUGCCUGAUGAUUUAUGCAAACCCAACGAGAUAAUCAACAAUGAAAAGGACACUUCUGCAUUCCUUGAUCCUUGUAAUGUUGGGUUCGGCCCUAAGAAAGAGACAGGAGAAGCAGUUUCAAAAGUAAAAUCUAAGCUGAAAACAAAGAGCUCUGAAAAGCUAGUUCAAAAAUUUGCAGAAAUAAACAGAAAGGCUAAAAAAGAUAUCACAUGCAACACUAAAGAUGAACAAAAAGAGACAAGCACAUAUCUGGAUCCCUGUGGUGUACGGUUUGGGGCAAAGGAAGACGCAAAGCCAUUUGUGGAGAAAAUUACUAAAAAAACUGAGCCAACAACUCAGGCAAAGGAGUAUUACGAAUCUUCUUCGUGCAACUUAACCAAGCAAAGGCAAAACCACGACACCGAGUCCUGCAAAGACCACAACUCCGACGUUGCAACCAAUUCACCUUGUAAUGCUGCCAAGAAGCAAAAGGAAGAAACAAUCAUAAAUAAGGAUAAAAACAGCUUAACUAUGGUUAAUGCAGAGCCCAAAGAAAUACUCUCUAAGGAUGACGACUCCAAACGGCAAUCUACGCCUUCUAAAGAAGAUAAGAGUAAGAGGCCUAGUCCGGCAACACCCUAUUACAAUCCAUUCAGAAGUGAGGAGGAAAACAAAAAGAUAGAAGAUGAUAUGUGCGGUAUUAGCAAAACGGAAGAUCCAUGCUCCAGAAAAAUACGUGGUACUGAAGAGGAGUUUUAUGAUCCUUGCAAAGAUGAAAAAGAAUAGCAGAGCACAGAAGAGGGUUACAGUUUGAUAAAAUAUUACGAUAUUUUUUUCUUUUUUUUUGUCCAAAUAUUGACAAGAACGUAUCUAUAUUUUAAUAAAAAUUCUGAGUUUUCGAA